AUGGCGCCCAGCUCGCUCAACUACUUUUCGCUCGCCAAGCGAGGAUGUGCUUACCACUCGGGGGACACUAGUGGGACCACCUACGACUCCAAUGGCAAGGCCUGUGCCAAGUUGUCUUCUGGAGAUAAGGUCGCCAUCGCCGUCGUCGCCGGCUGCAUCGGCGUCACCAUUGCCAUCCUCAUAGCCAUCUACGCCCGCCGCUACUUCCGCUCCCGUUCAAGAGAACAGGCUUCACCUUCUUUUGCCACCGAGCGCCCCAUGUCUUUUGCCAAAGCUCCCCUGAUGACCACCUACUCUCAAGACAACAUCCCAUCCCUUUCCCCCUCUCUGGGCUACUACAAGGGCUCCGGCGCCGAGAGCUACAAAUCUUCGAGCGACGCCGGUUCCAUCCGAUCUUACCACUCCCACCCUUCCUCCCACAGCUCCCACUCUACCCGAUCGGAGUUGCUCUACUUUCCUGUCCUCUCUGCUGACGGGCAUCUUCUCCCGCCUCCCCCCGCUUCCGCCAGACCUGCGGAGCACGACUACGAAGAGGAGCUGCGCCCGCUUCCUUCGCCACCUUCCGAUUCCGAUGACGGCGUGUCGUUGUAUGCGCCUGUACCCAAGACUUGGGAGCAGCAGCAUCCCGCACCAAACCCAUUUUUCCCGGAAGUUUUCAAUGGCGAAAGCUAUGCCAGCCGCCGUUGA